CCUCUCAAUGAAGCAAAACAUGACCGUACGUCAUAAUUUCUCGGUGGAAGGCAAACAAUACUUGAAAAAAUUGUUCCAAAAAGAGUUGUUUUUUAGAAGUCCAUCCCAGAAAGUGAUAGUCUUGAUGCUUCAGACAUAAACAGAACCCCCCAAAUCAUCUCGGUCAAUCGGAAACCGCGUUAAGAAAUUUCUUUACAGAAAGACUUGAGAAAUCAGUCAAACACGCUCAAAAGUCUAUUUCACUAGCCAUCGCCAUCUCCAGCGCAUUCUUAACACCAUAUAUGUAUGCGCCCUUCUAACCGCAACAAAUCCACCAGAUUUUCUUCAUUUCAAUUAAACUGAGAAAUUAGCCAUGGUUCGUCUGAGCAGCAUUGUUGUAACUCUCAAUUUCCUCACAUUUUUGCUGUCGAUUCCCAUAAUCUCCGCAGGCAUAUGGCUGGCUGUCCGAGAAAAGUCCGACUGCGAAUACUUCUUACGGUGGCCGGUCAUAUGUUUAGGCGUCUUUUUAAUGUUCGUUUCUCUGGUUGGCUUCAUUGCAGCAUGCUUUAGGGUCAAAUGGCUGCUCUGCCUCUAUCUCUUGGUUAUGUUUUUCCUCAUAGUUCUGUUGCUCUGCUUCACUAUUGUGGCUUUUGUGGUCACCAACAAAGGGGCCGGACAUUCGGUAGAAAAGAACGGAUAUAAGGAAUACAGGCUGGGGGAUUACUCCAAGUGGCUGCAGAAGCAGGUGGAGAAGAGCAGCAAUUGGAACAAGAUCAGGAGCUGCAUUCAAGAUUCCAAAGUAUGCAAUAACGUUACAGGGGAGUCUCAGAAGAAGUUAUCGGCAAUUCAGUCUGGUUGCUGCAAACCUCCAACCGCCUGUGGCUUCCACUAUGACAAUGUUACACACUGGAAUCAACACACGGGGAUGAAAGCAUCAAAGGAUAGUGACUGUAAGAUAUGGAGCAAUGAUGAGAACAAGUUGUGCUAUGACUGCAACUCCUGCAGAGCAGGUGUUGUCGCAAGUGUGAAGGAUGACUGGCAAAACAUUGCCCUUGUCGAUGUAGUGGUGCUCAUUGCUCUCGUUGUUGUUUAUUCUAUUGGUUGUUGUGCUUUAAAAAAUGACGAGAGGGUAUAUGACAGAUUUGGGCGUAAGGGAUAUCCUUGAACGUGGUUCAAUGUUUUGAGUAUUACAGUUAGUAAAUUGUUGGACAUCCAUGUUCUUUCUUUUCAAAGAUAGAUUGUAGAGCACCAUGCUCCAUAUGUUUAAAAAAAUUAAAUGUAAAAACAAAUGCCACUGGUUUUUCAUCUUUACAUAAA